CAUUCGUUCACGACAUUGCAAUCCAUUCGUUCAAUCAGUCUAGCCGCGACCGUUCUACAGGGAGGAUUACUCGAUCUCGUCUUAUUUUAACGCGUUACGGUGUGUUUUGUGUUUUGUAUUGUGGUGUAACAUGGCUUACAACGGUAGUAGUGGCAAGAGACUGUGCACAGGAACCGACGUGGACGUGGAAAGGAGUAAUGGCAACAGUUAUAUGUCGAGCGAGCCGCGACGCAAGCGAGAGUUGCCCGCUCGGCCCAAUCACAUCCUGCUCUACACCAUCAUCAAUCCUGCAUACCCCAUUACUGUGGAUGUAAUACACACAAUCAGCACUCCCCACGGCCAGGUGCAGAGGAUUGUCGUCUUUAAGAAGAACGGUGUUCAGGCGAUGGUUGAGUUUGAAAGUAUCGAGUCUGCGACGCGCGCAAAGGAAGCCCUACACGGAUGUGACAUAUACUCUGGUUGCUGUACACUCAAAAUUGAAUUCGCUAAGCCUGAAAGAUUGAACGUGUUCAAAAAUGAUCAGGACAGCUGGGACUACACAUUGACGGAGGACUCGUUGCCGGUGCAACGCAGCGCCCCGCUUCUCCAGUCCCCGCAGUACACUGGGGGAAGACCCCAGCCUUAUAAUGCUUCAAGCUGUCUCGCUCAAACCACGGCCAGAUCUGUCAGUGAAGAUUCCUGCAGUCAACAUUCUUGUGAACAAACACAGAACGAUAUGGAGUUCGGCAGCGGGGGUCCACCGCCACCCGGAGUCAUGAAAGACAGGCACGGCCCUCCGCCACCGCACCACCCGCGUGACGGACGAGGUUACGGGCCGGAGGGUUAUGGCGGGGAGGGCUUCGUACCGCCGCCGCCCAUGCACCAUCCCCCCAUGCCACCGCAGAACCAGUUACAAGGCGGGCCCCCGCAGCAAGGAGCAGUCAUGAUGGUGUACGGCCUUGACCCGCAGACCGCCAACGCUGACAGGCUCUUCAAUCUGUGCUGCCUCUACGGAAAUGUUGUCAGAAUCAAGUUCCUGAAGACAAAGGAGGGUACAGCGAUGGUACAGAUGGGAGAUGGCGUGUCUGUGGAGCGCUGCGUACAGAACUUGAAUAAUGUCACCGUUGGAGAGUACACGCUCACUCUCGCGUUCUCAAAGCAAGCAUACCUGUCCGAGGUGAUGAAUCCAUACCCCCUCCCGGACAAGAGCCCGUCCUUUAAGGACUAUGUCGGGAAUAAGAACAACCGCUUUCUAACACCCGCCUCCAUACACAAGAAUAGAAUACAGCCUCCGUCCAAGGUGCUGCACUUCUUCAACACGCCACCAGACGUGUCGGAGGAGCAGCUGCUGCAGGUGUUCGCGGACUACGACGUGGCGCCUCCGCACACCAUCUCCAAGUUCCCGCUCAAGAGUGAGAGAUCAUCAUCCGGCCUGAUGGAGUUCACGACCAUCUCGCAGUCGGUGAUGGCCAUCAUGGCCUGCAACCACGCCACCAUACAGCAUCCGGGUGCGAAAUUCCCGUUCGUGAUGAAGUUGUGCUUCUCAUCCUCACGACAAAUAAGUCAGAAAGGUCAGCAGCAGAACAAGAACCAAGAACAGAACAGACAAGCGCAGAAAAACGGCCUCGACGAUGAAUACUACUAACUGGCGAUGCGGCGGCGCAAACACACACACACAUAUCAAGACGGCGGCAACAGACGAACACACACACACACAGCCACACGACUGCGGGUCGGUGUUGCCAUUGCAAACACCACUAACAUAAGUUUCACACCAUAGACUAUAUAGUAGUUAAAUACAGUCCAAUUGGUUACUUUAUUUUUUGUAUUUUAUAUGUCUGUGCGUUUUGAAAAUU